CUAGAGACAAUAAACUCCUGGCGCCUGCGUGUGCUGAGGGUUACAGUAACAGUCCAAGGUAAGAGCAGGACUGAGGGACGGGCUUCCGUGUUCACUGGCCUGUUAUUUUGAAAGGGAGCUUCUAGGAUAUUUCACUUGGGGAGGAAAAAAAGUACCAAAAUGACUGGAGUUUGAUAAACUGAAGCAAAGCUUUUUCACAGUGGAAUACAGAUAGGCAACGCGCCUACAGAUACUUCUCACAGUACAUUUUUAAUCAACCAGAAUCUGCCUUGGGGGUGGGAGAAAAAAAGACAGCCGGUCACUGCACAGCCCAGCAGGGGGCUGGAGGAGCUGAUGGAUGUACUUGGGGAAAACGAGGCUCUGCAGCUGUUCUUUGAAGGGCAUGAUGUCACCGGUGUCCUGGAGAGCCCCGUGGUGGACACCAGCAUGCUGGAGCGAUAUCUUAGCAACGACAUCGACCCGGCAACCUUAAUGAUUGCUGGAGAUGGAGUUGAUAAGAUUUUACCAGACUCUCCCCCUGACUCUGGCUCUGAAGCCUGCUCACCUCCACAGAUACCAGACAUGCACAACAGUGCUUCGUGGGCCACUGGCCAGCCCCCCCAGGUGCCGUUCCCCCCUGCAGUGGACUCCAGCAGUGCAUCAUGUCGCUUUAAAGAAAGGGUUCCAGGCAGGAACCCCAGCGUACCCCAGAAAUUCAUGGGGCUGCCGAGCAGCUAUGUGAAUCCUAGUGUCCCACCCGCUCCUGCCUGCCUCAGCACUGCCUCAUCCAGCUGCUUGGGCACUGCCUACCCUUACCUGCCUCCAAGGCCCAGUUAUCACCCAGGAGCUGUGUUACCAAAAACCAAAAAGAGGAAGCACUCUGACUCCUUCGAAGGGAGUGUGGACCAGUAUGUGUGGAACGAUGUCGACAGGCCAAAAGGCUCCUUAGCAGUGAAUGGCAAGCAAUGUGCAGAUGUAUCUGGCUAUGAUAGCGAUGGACAGAACGACAGCUCAGUGACGGGAGGUUAUCAGUCUUUAACCUGGAGCAUGUACCAUCCGGGCCAGUGGACAGUCCUGUGCAACUGCAACUGCGAGAGCCUACCUGCUCCAGGUUACCAUGUAGACACAGACAAGGGGUUUAAUUACUCGACCUUUGAUGAGGCCUUCGUGUGCCAGAAGAAGAACCACUUCCAGGUGACGGUUCACAUUGGAAUGAUGGGGAUCCCCACAUAUUUCAAGACGCCGCUCGGGCUGAAACCCAUUGAGAAGUUUUACGUGAAAGUUUUUGGCAUCAAAGUCGACGCUCCAGAUCACAUAAUAACUAUUGAACAGUCACAGUCGGAUAGAAGCAAAAAGCCAUUUCUACCAGUCAAAGUGAGCCUUCCUGGGAACAAGGUCACGAAGGUAACGCUGGGGAGGCUGCACUUCAGUGAGACAACAACAAACAACAUGAGGAAGAAGGGCAAGCCCAACCCAGACCAGAGGUACUUCAUGUUGGUUGUUGGGCUGUAUGCAGCACUGCAGGACCAAAACUACCUGGUCAUUGCUCACAUGUCUGAAAGAAUCAUAGUAAGGGCGUCUAACCCGGGGCAGUUUGAAAACGACACUGACCAGCUGUGGCAGCGAGGACACGCUCCGGAGUCCAUGGUUUGCCAUGGCCGGGUGGGAAUCAACACAGACUCGCCAGAUGAGGCGCUGGUCGUGUGUGGGAAUAUGAAAGUCAUGGGGACAGUCAUGCACCCUUCUGACAUGAGAGCAAAGCAGAACAUCCAGGAGGUAGACACCACCGAGCAGCUGAAAAGGAUAGCACAGAUGAGAAUCGUUGAGUAUGACUACAAGCCAGAGUUUGCAUUGAAGAUGGGAAUCGAUCGGGCCCAUGAGACAGGUAUAAUAGCCCAGGAGGUGAAGGAGCUCCUGCCUUCCGCUGUGAAAGACGUUGGAGAUGUAGCCUGCAAUGACGGGGAGAUGAUAACAAACUUUCUCAUGGUUGAUAAGGAGCAAAUCUUCAUGGAGAAUGUAGGUGCUGUCAAGCAGCUCUGUAAACUGACAGACAACUUAGAAAACCGGAUUCAGGAGCUGGAGGUCUGGAACAAACGCAUUGAGAAGCUAAAACGCAUCAGCAGCAUAAAAUCAGCAAUCAGCAAUAAGAGUGCAAAUAGGACAGUAAGCAGAAGCAGCAGCAUCCCUCCACCUCGGCAGCCUUUGAAGUCCUCCACACAGGGUCCCACACAGACACGCCAUCACUGUCUGCAACACAGAUUUUCACAAGCUGCCAUCAUUACAUUGGUGAGCACCAUGGCCUUUUGCGUGAUUGCAAUCACAUCACUUUACCUGAUUGGCUUGAACAAUGAUGAUUACAUCUUCUCCGAUCUCAGCAACACUUCAGUCUUUCCCCUGAUCAGCACUGUGACGUCUGCAGCCCUCACAUCUUCUUCAACAGCAGCUGUCAGCACCACAGUCCCUGGCCCCUGGCCCCCCGAUGUUGAAUUCUGCAGCAUCCUCCCCUGCGAUGAGGUGUGCUGCUGCUCUGCAGGGGCUGGCAAUGCCAGCGCUUUCAGCCUGCCAGAGCAGCAGGCAGAGGGGGCACCAAAGCAAACAGGACGAAGGAAACAAGACCUGCCCACAGGCAUCACUAGAGACACUGGAAAUAAUCAAGACUUAAUUGAUACAACCAUCAAGUCCAUUCACAUUGUGGAAAAUCAGCAGAUUAUUGACAACCGGUACUGUUUGAAACAAAACUGUGGAAACGGAAACUACAGCUACGUCAUACCGCUGAGCAAACACACCCCGGUGAGGAUGAGAAUCACUUUGCAAAUGAACUCUUCAGAAGCCCUGGUUGUCUUUCUGUGUGGGGUCACAGCAGGGGCGCAGUGCCCGGAUUGCCAGCACAGAAAGAAAAGAGCAGCGCUUUUACACAAUACACAGACAUGGAUUACAGGACAGGGACAGCAGAAGAAAAAGGAGACACAGACUACACAGGGAUUUGAGCAUCAGUGGCCACUUCCAGUCGCUGUUUUGUACAGGAGUUCAUACUAUUUCCGUGCUACUGCUCCGGGUCAAGCGGAUUGUGAGACGGACCCCAACUAUAUGGGGGUGCAGUUUACAGACUACUAUUUCUACUUCUAUAGAAGAUGCGACUGAGAUACUGGAAACAUCAUUCACAUUUCAAACACCACAACGGCCCUUUAAAAGCCUUUCCCCCGAAAAAAGUUAUCUGGUUAAGUUAUCGGAAAAGUUAUUUUUCUAUGAAAUGUAUGCUAAAUAUAUGUCAAACUGUAUUACUUUUUUUAAUAUUUGAAAAAAUAAAGUCUAAAAAAAAUUAACAACCAUCUUGUGCAAAAGUGAGAUGACACAUGUUUAGGGUUAUUGCCUAUCCGAAGUAGUAAAUGAAUCAAGGUGUUCUGAACGCACAGUAAGAAAAACGUUUCUUAUUUAAUAGGGAUUUGCUGCACGUGAAGAGUUUGGAUUUGUCCGUCAUGAGGCAGCAGAUCCUGUGGAAGGGAGCACUUGCAGUCGACCAGCAUGCUCUAAAUGUAGAUAAGCUGUGUUGCAUCAACAGCAGAGGCACACAGUGUAUUAAUGAAGUACAAGGGCCAUGGUCUCAGAAUCUGAACAGGCACCUUCAGCCAUUGUCACUUUAGCAAAGACUAAUAUCGGACUGGCGAGGUAUUGAUCACAUUAAACCCAAGCUCGCUUGGGAAAUAAUCAGAUAAUACUGUGCAGGGUUUAAUUCAAACAAGUUGAUACUUGGUGUAUUGUACCUGAGUGGUUUUGAUAGCUUCACAUGUAUAUAGUCUAUGCUGCUCUACACAUACUGCAUGAAAAACAUAUUGAGACUGAAUGUAUUUUAAGUUAUUGGGCUCUGAACAGAACACAGUAAGUAGGGUGCGCAGGCAUCAUGGCCUGUCAU